CAUGAAGUACGGGUGUUGAUUCCGAAACCGACCUUGGAUAAGCAAAAGAAAACUUCGGCGUCGGAACUAAAGCAGUUACACAGUCGAAAUUCCAGCCAAGACUAGUUGGGAAGAACGGCUGAGCCGUGUCAAAUGAAAGUGGACUUAAAGCGAAAACGAACUUUUCUUGUACACACAUGGUGAUGUAAAGUUCAGCGUUAAAACCGAGCAUGCGUUAGAAUGAAAGGCUUCAUAGGCGCACAAGCAGUAAAGGCUGUGGACCACAAGAUCGACCCGACGGAAUUGAUGGAAAACUGGUAACUACAGGUAUUCCUAGGCAGCGUGCGAAAAUCGUCGAGGUGAAGUAAUAAAUCGGUAUUGUCUGGGAACGAUCCAGUGUUACCGGUCGGCUGUCAUACGCCUUGAGGGAUGAAUCUCGUGGCCUUUCUCGUCGCACAGUGAUAUGAUUCCACCGGAAACGAGCGACACAUGGUUGACGAUGAUGUUGGCGAGUAUUGUGUGUCGUGAUUUACGCUGGAGAAGAUGACUUACCGCUCGCUAAUGAGGGAGGUUAGUAACCAUUUCCUGUUUCCGUUUUCGAUCAAUGUUCAAAACAGAGAAAGUGGAAGAUUUUCAAGCCGUUUAUUAUGUAGCCAUUUACGGUGUUUUAACGAGCUUUGACAAGGAAAGAUUGAUGUUAUUAAUAGGAUUUUCGACAAAUUGCCUCAUGGUCUCAUGGCUUAAAAACUAAAAUCGCGUGGGCGGUCAGACCUUAAGCGUUGAGAUGAGAUAAGAGCUCUAGUCGUUAUCCUGCCAUUGCUGUAUUUUGUAGUUCAACUCAACAGAUGCCUAAAAUUCCCCACACGGUUAUUGGCUUCGACCUCUCUUUGCAAAGGAUCUAGAGUCAAGACGUCAGUUAUAACCCUUUUAAUCAAUCGCCGACCAUACUCAGGGACGUUAAAUGGCUUUCUUUUGUCCGUCCGUAAUUGGAAGGAAUAGGAAACCUGCCAACUCAGGGAAGUUUAAAGUUUAUACAAUGAAAAAGGCAAGGAAAAUGAAGCUGCAUACAUUGAAUCCACUAUUACCGGGCGGCGGCGGACAAACAGAGCUGGGCAUUGACCAACAAGAUGAUGAUAGUGACAGUGGUAUAAGUCAGGUGUAUAACCCAGUCAGUACAUACAGACGCGCACAGUUCUCUCUUCCAGACAUUGCAAAAACUGAACUAGCAUCAAAGCUUUUAGCCGCCACUCCAGCUCAUCCAGCUCACAUUAAGGCCAGAGUUCUAUGGAGAUAUAAUGCUGUUGAACGAACAGACUUACAAGUCGAAAAAGGCGAAAUUAUACUACUUCUUUACCGAGAAAAAAGCAAGGUUUAUGCAGUCAACAACAAAGGAAAAAGUGGGUUUAUACCCUUUAAUUACUGCACUGUAUUAAGGAAAAACGAUUUUGUGUCAAAUGUUUACCAUCCUCAAAGUGAGAGAAGAAACUACGAAAAAUGUUCAUGGCAAACAAAUGGCUGCCAUCACGAGUUUGUAGAUGCCUCUUAUUACUCAAGAACAGUUACUUCCCCUAAUUCUCAUAUUCAUCGAAGUCGGAGUGAGGAAUCUCUUUGUUCUCACAACGACUGUGAGUCGCUAAGUAGGAAAAUUUCAUCGUCACUAGAAGACUUAUCCGACGACAAUCGAAUUGCCACGAUGAUGUCCGAUCUUAUUAACUGGGAUCGCAAAGCUCCUGAGACCUACAGGCGUCGGCAGAAAGUUCAAGUGAGCCAUUUCCGAAAGUUUGAAAAUGAGUCUGUAAUGGUUUUAUUUGACUUUCAUGCCGCUGAUGAGAAUGAUGUGGACGUUCAGCGAGGAGAAGUCGUGACGGUUUUCAAUAGAGAUGAUCAGGAUUGGUGGUGGGUAAUGAGAGAUGACGGGUUGGAAGGAUUCAUUCCAAGUUCUUAUGUGUCUAUUGAAGCAGUUCGAAUGUCUCCAGAAUGCACACCAAGGAGUACAGAUAGUUCAGUUGGUAGCUCAGAGGGAAGCAUUAAUCAAGUCAGGUUUCAAGAUCCACUCUGCACUAUACACAGUUACGAGAUAGAGCACUCGGACUCAGACUCUGUUGGACCACAUGAAACACAUGACUCAGAUGACGAGGAAAUGUACAUGGACUCAAAGUGGAGUACGUGGUGUUGAAGUAAAAAUGUAAUAGGGUUCGUCACUUGAGCAUACAUAAUUUCAUUACUAUUAAGAGAUGUGAAGUGUAAGAGACAAACUGUUUAUCGGAUAAACCUACUUUUCGGGAAGUUUUCAAAUCUUUAUUUGGUUUCUUUUCAUCAGCCUUGUGUAAAUCCGAAAUAUUUUUUUUGCCAUCAUUUUUGCAAGCUGUUGAAGGAAAUUUUCUCCAGCCGCUAAAAAACAGCAAUUUCAGCUUACCACAGGCUAGUUCAUCUUUAUAAACAUGUAAACGUAAAUUUUAUGUGGGAAAUUCAUCUAGCUCCUUAUCGUGUGCAUUUCCUCUAAGACUAAUGUAAUAAGAAAGAAUUAAAAUUUAUGUUAGUUCUUAAACUGUUGUAUUCAAGUUUGUGAGAUGGCAUCAUUUCUAUCAUUGGUAUAAAUAUUAUUCCUGGAAAUU